AUGUCUAUACCGACAAUCGACCUGCGCAAGGCUGAGGACCCUUUCUAUUGCACCCAGUCACAGGAGAACAUACGCCAUGCCUUGAUAGAGGUUGGCUUUCUCUACCUUUCUAAUCAUGGCAUCGACGAGGCUGUCAUCCAGGAUCUUGUGGCAAUUCUUCCAACGUUGUUUGCCUUGCCUGACAAGGCGAAAGAAUCUGUGGCUCUGGUACAGUCUCCGCAUUUCCUAGGCUACAGCAAGUUUGGUGCCGAGAUCACUGCCAGAGUCCAGGAUCAGAGAGAACAAUUCGAGAUUGCGAAUGAUUUGCCUGACAAACGCAGACUCGAUCCGGCUCUACCUCUGUAUACGAUGCUGCAGGGUCCUAACCAGUGGCUCAAGACGAAUGCGAUCCCCAGAUACCGCGACAUGGUCGAGUCUUACAUUACAGCCAUGCAAGACCUGGCCCUCCGGUUCGUGCGUGUGGUUGCGGAAGCUCUAGGCCUCCCUGCUGCCAGCCUCUUUAGCUUUACCGGACCGGGUGAUCGGUUGAAACUGGUACAUUACAAGCCAUCUCCAGAAGCCACAUUUGACGCUCCAUCCCAAGGCGUAGGCCCGCAUAAAGACAGUUCCGGAUGGAUGACAUUUCUCCUUCAGGCGUCGGAUCCGACCAUCAAGGGUCUUCAAGUCCUUUCCAAGGACGGGGCUUGGCUUGACGUCCCGCCUAUUCCAGGCACGUUAGUGGUUAACAUGGGCCAGGCAUUCGAGGUGGUCACCAACGGGGUGUGCAAGGCGACCACACACCGUGUCCUUCUUCCGCCAGGCGAAUAUGACAGGUACAGCGUUCCAUUCUUCCAGGGGGUCAGACCGGACUUGACUAAACAAGACCUGAAGACACUGUGGGAACAUUUUGACAGGAAAAGGUGGAAUACAAGGGAGUCGGAAGAGGGUCGACGCAUCGACAGCCCGUUCUUGCGCCGGAAGUAUGAAACUUGGGGGGAGGCGCAAUUGCGGACAAAGGUCCGAAGUCAUAGAGAUGUUGGCAAACGACACUAUGCCGAGGUGUUUGAAAAGUACAUUGGUGAUGAUUGA